UUCAUUUCAAUAUCCUGCUUGCUAUGAACAUGACAAUGGGUAGCUUUCAACAAAUAUAACAGCUAUUCCGGACUCAGAAUGGGUGCGUUCGAGCGUGUCUAGCAGGGGUCACUUUCGAGCACAGAAAAUUAACAUAACUGAAGUCGCGUCUGGCGCAUAAACCUACCAGAGCCUGAGGGUACACUUGACGUUCGUGCGCUUGGCAAUAAAUUAUUGUCACUCAGAAAUAACUCGCAUUAAACUGGGUAAAGCCGGCUUUCCAUAAAUGUAUUUUAUUCCGUCUUGCGUCCAUUGAGUGGUAAGGUCUGCAGGCCAAGUUUUAUAAUGUGCUAUAAAAUACUACCGCACAAAACGGACUAAAAUACGAUUAUGGAAAGGUGCUUUUAAAUAACACGCUCCGACACAGCCAGAAGUAAUUUUGGACAAACUGUUGCGCAGACAGCCAGACGAGACGGAUAUACUGAGGGAUCGGUGAAGAUUCUUCCCAAUAGACUUUGUACGUGGCAGCCAUCUAAGAGGGCAAUGCCUUUGUUUUGCUCUGAUACGCAUAAGUGAAACUUUUGUUCAUUCAUUUUACUGAAUUAACAUGAACAAAAUAUGUCCUCUAAGAUGGCCGCUACGCACGAGGUCUAUGCAGCACCAGCGGUUGUUUCCUUCCUUGAGAUUUUGCUUCCUGUAUCAUCACUAAGUGGGAAAUAAUGGCGACGGUUAGUCCGAGUUACCGAGAAGGCGGCUGGGGCUGGGCGGUCGUUCUGGCCUGCUUCAUGACUGAGUUCAUCAUUUGCGGCAACCUAAAAGCUCUAGGUGUUCUGAUCACUUAUAUGAAGGAGGAUUUCGGUACGGAGUUGUGGGUCGUCGGCUCCAUAGUCUCGCUACAUUAUGCAGUACAGUCUAUCAUGUGUCCCCUUGCAGCUGCUCUGGCACCCAAAUUUGGUGUUCGCUCCUUGGUUCUUGUUGGCAGUGCACUCUACGGAGUUGGUCUGGUGGUGUCUGCUUUAACGCACAGUAUUGCCAUCUUGGCUCUCGCCCUUGUUGUUAUCGCUGGAACAGGGGUAGCGUCUGUGUUGGAGAUCACCCAUGCCGAACUUGCUUAUUACUUCCGGGAGAAGUAUCCUUUAGCAGCUUUCCUCACAUUUACCGGGACCCCUGUCGGUAUGAUGCUGCUCGGUCCAAUAACCCAGGUUCUCGUGGAUACGUAUGGAUGGCGAGGAGCAAUGCUUCUUCUCGGUGGCGUUAGUUUUCAUCUUGUUGUAGCAGGAAUGUUGAUACGAAGGCCGCCGAACUCAUACCAAGCGGUGCCCGAUCACGAGGAGCAACUUACAAUUGAUGGUAUCGACUCUCCUGGCAAAUUCAAGCAGGAAGUCAAACUGAAUAAGUCCAAGAUAUCCAACCUCUGGAAUUCAGUUUUCUCUGCACUGGGUCUCGAGGUCUUCGUGAGUGCUGAAUUCAUGAUUGUAGCAACCAUAAGAAUGUUGUACAGUAUUGGAUACGGUGGUGUGGUUGUUUACAUAGUACCUAAUGGUCUGGCGCUUGGUCUGAGUGCCAAAGAGGCAUCAUUCCUGACUACAGCUUGGGGGGUUGGGAACCUGGCUGGACUCAUUCUGUUGGCUUCGGCUAUGCAUGUUAAGUUGGUUUCGGUCCGUAGAGCUGAAGGGAUAGCUGUGAGCGUAAUUGCAGUAGGAUUCGCCCUGGAACCCUUCGUCUCUCCAUUCGUGGGUCAGAUUCUCACUGCCUUCGUCGUGGGGGCUGGAUUGGGUUGCGCAAUCGAGGGGAUAUUUGUCAUGACGAGGUGUCUACCUUUUGGUGACGACAAAUUUGUCAGUGUGUUGGGAUGGCAAACAUUUUUGAGUGGAGUAGCAGCUGCUAUUGGAGAUACUUUAUCAGGUUGGCUUUCUGAUGCGACUGGGAGUUUCCACGCAACAUUCUUCCUAUAUAGUGCUACCAUGGCAGCGAUAGUAUUGUGUCUUCUUGUGGAUGCCAUUCGCAUCUCUUCCACUACCGGAUCUUCCAAGCAACGUGGGCCUGCGGUACUAAUGCCUUCACUCUUUAAGAAGGACUCCAGUACAAGCUUCGAAAGGGUGCCGAUUCAACCGAAUACUAAUUAAGCACAAUGAUUACACAGUUUUAAUCAUAAAGUAUUCUAGUUAGCGUUUAAGAUGUUCAACAAAUAUUAACAGUAAGCUUUACAAAGGGAAUAAAUAAAUACUUGGCCGGUUUUAAACAAGUACGUAUAAACCGCCUUGGGGCUUGGACGCGGAUAAUGACCCUAACAAAAGGCGAAGGCAAUUACCUGCGACCGGGCCCCUGCCGAUUAUAAGCGUACUCGUGUAAUACCAGCCCAGCACAUAUAUAUUUCCAUUAAUAAACACCAAAACAAGUCAAAAUUUAUCAAUUUGACUUCGUUUAUGAUUGAUGGUUUAUGUUUAUGGUACGUGCCUCGGAUCGCGCGAGUAGUACUAAACAUCUCCCUAUAUGGGGAUUGGCGCUCGCGUGGCGCGUACUUGCUUUUGUUUCCCCAUGCCCAUCUUGGUGAUUAGCUUUUUUACUCCCUUUGUUUUCUCUUGGGUAUCGAUGGAUGUAUUGUAGUCUAUGUCUAUUAAAUAUUUGUAUUCUUUUUCGUUGGCUGCAUGAAUAAAUAAAAUAAACGAAAAUUUUCCGA